AUGGAACAACGACGAGAGGAGAUCCGCGCGAAGGCAGCCAGGCUCGCCGAGCUCAAGCGGGCGAGAGCCCUACGAGGCUCUUCAGAAAGCCGACCCAGCAUAGGAGGAGAUCUCAGUGAUAUCAGAGUGGGCGGCGCCUCGAGAGCGGACGAGCGAAGGAAGAUCGACUCGUUCAUCGACUCACUCCUCGGUGAGAGCCGCCCGGGCUCUACCGCUCCAGGGACGGCAUCGCCAGGAGGCUUCCAGCGCAGCAGCAGGCCGAACAGCAUCCUCAGCGCGGGCGAAUUGAGCAACGAAACAUCCGAAUCCGUACCCCAGCCUCCAGCGACACCUUCCGCCCCCGUCCCUCCUCCCAACCUGACUACAGCGGCGCUCACCACCGUUUUCGAGUGUCCCCCGUCGCCGGUCAAGGAAGUCUUCUCCUACAGCAAGGGUGUGCAGACAACAGAGGCGUGGACGGAGCCCGCCAGACCCCGGGCGCAAUCAACAACAUUUGAUGUCGACGAUAUCCCAGGAACCCCUUUCUCGCCUAGCAAGCGGCCGAGCAGAAGAGAGCGUGACCGGGAAGAGGAGCUGCGGCAGAAGAUCAGGGAGGAACUCGAGGAGGAACUCAAAGCCGCCAAGGAAUACAUUGCAGAUGGCGUGGUGCCGGCGGCGACCUCGACCAAUUAUCCUUCAAGAGAUCUUACGAAUGAGGAGCUCGAGGCUGUAAUACACUCGGAUGAUUUCGUGGAUUUCUUGGACCGGUCAACCAAGGUUAUUGAGCGAGCGUUUAACCAAGAGACAUACGACAUUCUGACCGACUAUGCCUUGCAAGGACAGGAGGUGGAGGAUGAGGACGAGGAAACCGGCAAUACUGGAGGUCGCGGAAAGCACAGGGUCAAGGAGGUUUGUCAAUUCUUCGACGAUCGUUGGUCCAAGAAGCGAAUGAUCAGCGGAAUCGACUUCUCUCCAAAGUUUGGCGAGCUGCUCCUCGCAUCCUACACGAAGAAUCCGACAGCACCACACGAGCCAGAUGGCCUCGUUCAGGUCUGGAACGCCCACAUGCACGAGAGGCCCGAAUACGUCUUCACCGCCCAAUCAGACAUUCUCACGGCCAAGUUCUCUCCCUACCACCCCAAUCUCAUUGUUGGAGGAUCAUACAGCGGACAAGUGCUGCUCUGGGACACGAGAGCAAAGGCAGCGCCCGUUCAGAAAACCCCGUUGACGGGCUACGGUCACGCCCACCCUAUCUACUCAGUUGACAUUGUGGGAACGCAAAACGCCAAUAACAUCAUCUCCUGUUCAACAGAUGGCGUCGUCUGCGGCUGGAGCAUGGACGUCUUCGCUCAGCCCCAGGAGCUCCUGGAGCUGAAGAACCCCAGCCAAGCCAAGGUCGCCGUCGAGGACGUCAGCCCGACAUGUCUCUCAUUCCCCCAGACAGAUCCUACAUUCUUCCUCGUGGGCAGCGAAGAGGGUAAAAUCUUCCCCUGCCAUCGGUACGACCGCGCCGGUGCCAAGGCUGGAGUGGACAAGAAGAUCAGCUACAAGGGUCACACAGCACCGGUCAUGUCAGUCGACUUCCACCCCGCUAAAGGUCCUGUGGACUUGGGCGAUCUCGUCAUCUCUUCAUCUCUCGAUUGGAGCGUCAAGCUGUGGAAGGUGCGCGCGCCCGCUGCCACGUCUACAAUCGGAGCUGGCGACGGCAACAUCAAACCGCUGAUGGACUUUGUCCGGGAGGAUGUGGUCUACGAUGCAAAAUGGUCGCCAGUGAAGCCCAGCGUGUUCGCGCUCGUCGACGGAGCCGGCUGGCUGGAGCUUUGGGAUAUCGCCGUGGAGACGGAGGAGCCCGUAUCCAAGAUCUCGCCAAGCGCCCGACAGGACGGCAGAACAAUGCUCUCCAAGAGCCUGAACAAGGUGGCCUGGGAGCCUAAUGAGGGCAAACGACUGGCAACUGGCGGCAUAGAUGGCUCCCUGACGCUGUUCGAGGUUGCCAGCGGCCUGGGCGGAAAGGAAGGACUGAAGAACGAAGACUGGACCAACAUGAAGAAGCUAGUAAAUCGGGUAGACGCGGUUGGGGUCAACGGAGCAGUUGUAGUUUAG